UGCUCCGGCCUUUGGUUCCUCAGCUAACUUUGAACUUGCUCUUGAAGUAAGCCAGUUAAAAGUUCAAUCUAGUAGUGGCAAUUCGAAAUCCUAUACACAAUAUUCCCGACCAAUGCAUGAGAUCACUAUAUCAACAAAUGACAAGCCAAAACUUCUCAGUCAGCAAUUAUGCCUUGCAGUUGACUUCCCUGCUGUCUGAAACUGGGCUGAAUAUCCAAGAAGCACAUGCCUUUUCAACAUCGGACGGUUAUUCAUUGGAUGUUUUUGUUGUUGAUGGUUGGCCUGUUGAGGAUACUGAGAAGCUUAAACAUAUGCUGACAAAAAAAAUUCAGAAACUUGAGCAGCCUUCCUUCAAGAAAAUUGGCAGUCAAACUGCACAGCAAGAACAAAUGAGGAUCAAUUUUAUCUCUAAUGAUGUGAAUCUACCUUUUUGUGGAAGUGUUGCCUGGGAAAUUGAUGCAAGCUGUUUGAAAUAUGAAAGCAAAAUUGCAUCUGGACCUUUCUUUGAUAUGUAUAAAGGUGUUUUCUGUAACCAAGAAGUAGCUAUCAAAGUUCUCAAGACUGAGAAUCUGAAUGAAAAUAUACAAAGGGAGUUUUCUCAAGAGAUCAAUAUUCUGAGUAAAUUGUGUCACAAGAAUGUUGUCAAAUUUGUGGGGGCUAGUACAAAACUUCCAGACCUAUUCAUUGUCACGGAAUACAUGUUCGGUGGAAGUCUGUAUGAGUUUCUGCAUACACAGAAGGCUGUGCUUACUCUUCCAUCUUUGCUCAGAGUAGCAACCGAUGUUUGUGAAGGAAUGAAAUAUUUGCAUCAGAAUGACAUCAUACACAGGGACCUCAAAACUGCGAAUCUUUUGAUGGAUGAGAAUAGGGUAGUGAAGGUUGCUGAUUUUGGUGUGGCAAGGGUGGAAGAUCAGUCAGGCAUUAUGACUGCGGAAACUGGAACUUAUAGAUGGAUGGCUCCGGAGGUUAUUGAGCACAAACCCUAUAAUCACAAAGCCGAUGUGUUCAGCUUCGGAAUUACGCUGUGGGAACUGCUCACAGGAAAGCUUCCACAUGAGCAUCUGUCCCCAUUGCAAGCAGCAGUUGGAGUGGUCCACAAGGGGUUGAGACCCAACAUUCCGAGGCACACGCAUCCAGUGUUGAUAGAGUUGAUGAGCCGUUGCUGGCACCAAGACCCUUCCUUGAGACCCGAAUUCUCAGAAAUUCUGGAAUUUCUGCACCAUUUUUCCCAUAAUGUUGGAGGCGAAGUUGCCACUGACGCCAUAAGAGACAACGUAUAAAUGUGUCUACUCUGUCGGUUACGAAAUGAUGCCAGGCGGCAGGCACGGUGUACGGAUACUGUAUGGUACUAGUAUACUGCUUGAAUUGCCCCAAGCCCCAGUGGACCUUUUUUUUCCAAACACUUUCUCUGUUUUCUUUUCCUUUUUUGUUUUUUGGCCUUUUUUGGGGUUGAACCAUGUGGAUCCGAAAGGGCGGCAAUGCUGUAAUUUUCUGUGAUCAAUCGACGAGGAUCGUGGCCCCAAAAACCUGCCAGAAU